UUAUUUUCACAGCUCCACCUCUUCUUCUUCUUCUUCUUCUUCCUCCCUCUUCUCUCUCUAAUCUAACCAAACCAGGCGGAAAUUAUAGAGGAAGAUCUGAUGUACUUGCUGGUGGAUCUCAACUACACCAAAGAUCAUGAUGGCCCUUGAACAAACAGAAAAUAUGCAAAGGAACUGUGAGGCUUCCUUAAAAUGCCUCCACAGUAAGGGAUUCCCUUACAACCUACAAUGUAAUGGAAAUCCCAUAGAAGGAUUUCCAGAGCAUAAAGAUGAACUUAGUAACCAUCCAGGUGGGGAUAAUUCUGAGUCCGACCGUCCAUUAGGCAGCGAAUUUCUGGAACCCCCAACUGAACGUCACAACAAACCUACCUACCAUCAUGAUUUUGGGUACUGGUCAGCCUUUCAUUUUGAUUCUCAAAAGUUGCAACAGUGCCAGAUGAAUGCUUUUGAGAGCCAAUUUUAUCAGCUUCCUGUCGACAAUCGAUUUCAUUAUGUUCCAUUCAAUGUGUUUGCUCAAAGCUACCCGAACGAGUUCCAGUUCCAAGAUUUUCAGUAUUUUGUGGUAAUAGACUUUGAGGCUACAUGUGAUAAGGAUAGAAAUCCCCAUCCUCAAGAGAUAAUUGAGUUUCCAUCUGUGAUAGUGAGUAGCGUGACUGGCCAAUUGGAAGCAUGUUUUCAAACUUAUGUGCGGCCGACCUGCAAUCAUCUGCUGAGUGAUUUCUGCAAGGAUCUGACAGGCAUACAGCAAAUUCAGGUGGACAGAGGAGUAACUCUGAGUGAGGCCCUUCUUAGGCAUGAUAAAUGGCUUGAGAAGAAGGGGAUAAAGAACACCAACUUUGCUGUUGUUACGUGGUCAAACUGGGACUGUCGGGUUAUGUUGGAAUCUGAGUGUCGAUUCAAGAAAAUUCGAAAGCCUCCUUAUUUUAACCGAUGGAUCAACUUGAAGGUGCCUUUCCGUGAGGUUUUCGGUGGCAUGAGGUGCAAUCUGAAGGAGGCAGUUCAAAUGGCAGGCUUAGCAUGGCAGGGACGGGCUCACUGUGGCCUGGAUGAUGCCAAAAACACUGCUCGCCUACUUUCUGUCCUCAUGCGUAGGGGUUUCAAAUUUGCCAUAACAAAUUCAUUGUUGUGGCAGACGGCUGAUCGUCCUCUAACAUUGAAGCAGUCCCCAGAACACCUGUCACCGCCUCAUCACACUCUGAAACUGAAGGAUAUGAGUAUUCCUGUAUGCCAGUAUCAUCACCCAUUCUGUUUCUGUGGGGUGAAGAGCAGCAGAGGAAUGGUCAGGAAGCCAGGGCCAAAACAGGGGAGUGUCUUCUUUGGCUGUGGGAACUGGACUGCCACUAGAGGUGCCCGCUGCCAUUACUUUGAAUGGGCGUCUGCGUAACUCAAGAAAGAUAUUUCGUGAUCGUAUGGUAUCCUAAGCGUCUUAUGAAAUUCUUCUGUAGAAAAAAAGAAAAAAGGCUAAAAAAAGAGAGAAAAGGAUGGAAGUAGGGGUUGUCUCCUUGUGGAAGCAAAUAUGGUUUUAGCUGCUUGGUGAGGUAUCUGUUUCACACAGAAUAGAUAUAAAUAGUUGGCUCAAUGGUAAAAUAUUGUCUGCCAAAUAUUUAAGUAGCUUCAACCUGUAAAGCUGACUUGAGGUUGACUGGAGAACAAUUUGGGUGUGAGAGAAUUGGGUAGUUAGGAUGGUGCUUAUUAUGCAUGUUGCUCCUAAGGCAUGCUAAGGUACCUUAAAUAAACUAUGAAAUAGGGACACCUGGUUUUCGUAAUGAAGUUUCUAAUGGGAAAUCAGUGGAGUUUGAUUUGCCCAGUAUCUUCUUAACUUGUUACUGCUUUUAAAUGGGCAUGCCUGUUCUGUGUA